UAUUAACAUAAACAAAUAAAUAAAACCCUUCGUUAAUUUCGGUUAUUCAUCUACCAAAUUCCCUCUUAUUAAUGCCAUUUAUGUUAUACCCUCUUUGUUCUUAGCUUCCCUGUUAAGCUAAAGUAAUCCAAACACAAAAGCUAUACCCGAUUCUUCACUUUCUUCUUUUUUCGAUCAUCAAUUUCUGAAGCUGUAAGUUUGUUUUAAUGAAUACUGCAAGCGAAGAAACCGCCGAAAAUGGAAAGCAGAGAAGGAAAUCCAUAGGUUUUGGUGGCGGUUCGAAUCUUGGUGACGCCAAAACCAGGCGGUAUUCCGUUGGUGUAACAACUUCUCGAAAAAGUAUCGAGGAAGAAGGUAUUAUUGUUCCUAAUUAUCUCAGAGCUUCCACUGGUUCUUGUCAUGAUUUUUGUAAAUUUGGUAAGAAACAUGAACACUCAAAGACAGCAGUUCCUGUAAAGUUUAAAAGAACAACAAUUGUUAAUAAAGACAAGGUUCCAAAAACUGUAGUUCCGAUAGAGAAAAAGAUAACGACACGCAAGACUGCUACGAAAAAUGAAAUCGACACGCCUGUUGAGCCCGUUAAGGCAACCAAAAAGGAUGUUUUGUUGUCAUCUAAGAAACCGUUAGUUUAUAAAGAGAGUUCAUCGACAAAUGGGAAAACAACAAAGAAUGAGGUUAAGACGUUUAAUCGUUCUACUUCUGUUGCGAAAUCAAGUCCAGCGGUGGCGAAACAAGGGUCUAAUGGUGGGAUUGUAAAGAAAGACGUAAGAACGGUAAAAAAAACAGGAAUUGCAUCUAAAACGGGUACCGUUAAGAAAGUAGUUGCAAAGGUUACCUUAAAUGGAUCACAGUCCCCUAAAGCUUCUAUCAGUAGGGCUGCAAGUUUGAAGGCGAUAAAAUCUAGGGGCGUUAAGCAGGUGACGCCUUUAAAGGACCAAAACAGGUUGCGAAAAACUGAGCGUAAGCAACCGGUUGCUGAAAUGGUUCAAGCAAAAAUCUUGAAUGGUGUUGAGGCUGAAUCCGAGGUCAAACAUGAGACCAUGGAGUUUGACUUUAAGCAAUCGUCAAUGGAAUUGGUCAACCCUACGGUCUGCAAUAGUUCUGAUUCUUUUUCGGACAAAAAUGAGGUCGAAGAAGAGUCGCCAAUCGUCCAUCUGGUCUGUGAAAGCUCUGAACUUUUUUCGGAUAAAGAGGUUGUAGAAAGCUCACAAUCGUAUUCAGACAAAGAAAUAAUCGAAGAAGCGUUAAUUGCACCUCCAGUGUCUGAAAGCUCUGAAUCUUUUUAUGAUGAUGAGGUUCUAGAAAACGAGUCUGAUUAUAAUGACGAUGAAGAAGCUAAAGUUUCAGAAGAAGCGUCUGAAACCGCUAAUAUUAAUGAAAUUAAUAUUAGUGAAAUGGAAGCUUCAGUUGGGAACUACAAGAUUCUAAGAAAGGGCAAAAUGGUAAUUUCUGAAGACAAAGACGAUGCAACCGUAAAGCUAAGGUUCCGAAGAGGUAAAAUUCUCGAUCUUAAGUCCGAGAAUAACAGUCCUAGAAGGCUCAAAUUCAGAAGGCGAGUUAUCGACGGUAAGGAAGAUGGUCAAAAUAUAUCAAGAAAAACUUAUAAAAACAAAACUUUAGAUCUUCAGAACGAAGACCAACAACGCGCUUCUAGAAGAAGUUUUGAAAAGAAAUACGUUGAAGAAACAAAUGAAUCGAAUAAUGGCGCGGAAACUGUUGUUUUGAAGCAUCAAGCUGAGCAAGAAAAGAAAGACGCUCAAGGCUUGCUUAAUAAUGUGAUAGAAGAAACGGCUAGUAAGCUUGUUGAAAGCAGGAAGAGUAAAGUGAAGGCAUUGGUUGGCGCUUUUGAAACUGUAAUCUCGCUCCAAGAUGGUAAACCAUCUUCCGGUUGAUGAAAAGACGGCUGGCUACUUUCGUUCACAGGAUUCAGGUUUUGUAAAGGAAUGUAGAUGAAGAGCCUGGUGAAUGUGAUGGGAGUUUUACAUACACAAUAAUAGGAUGAUUUGAGGCUGUGUUUGUGGUGGUUUUAACUGAGCUUUUAAUGUUUGUAUAACUUUGUGUGAAUAAAUUAUAAAUCAAGUAACUAUCUUAUGAUCAAAUCAAACCCAUGUUAAUGUUGGAUC